UAAUAGUGACGAUGGCGUCCACUGAUCAGCAGUCCCUGCUCGACUUGACAGAUAAGGAGACCCGUGAGAAGCUGUCACAGUGGGACCGCCGCCUGGACGCCAUGGCUCCCCUCACGGGCAAGCAGACGGACUCCGUUCUGGAGAUACGAACCGCCGCCGAGACGCUCGCUCUCCCCGCCGAGUUACCCAUCGAGGACCUGGGCAGCCUUUCGUCUCGCUCCCUUCAGUCUUCCUUCACCGCCACCAUACCCCAGUCAACAGAGGACGUCCUCCACAAAGGCUUCCAGAUGCUCCGAAUGGACAACGACCGGAUAGAAACUGCUCAACAGUUUUUUGCCUGGUUUGCCAAGUUACAAGCGAACAUGGACCAGGAAGAGAGUGCAAAAUACAGGCAAACACGAGACGAUCUGAACUGCUACCAGGAGCAAUGUGAUGCUAUUUUGAAAGAUGUCAGUGCUGCUCUGGAGCAGCUGGAUUCCCUGCAGAAACAGUACCUGUUUGUCUCCAACAAGACGGGCACUUUACACGAGGCUUGUGAACAACUUUUAAAAGAACAAGCAGAGCUUGUUGACCUUGCAGAGAACAUACAACAGAAACUCUCCUAUUUCAAUGAGCUGGAACACAUAAACACGAAACUGAACUCACCUACCUUGUCUGUAAACAAUGAAGGCUUUAUACCGAUGCUGUCCAAACUAGACGACUGCAUUGAUUACGUUUCUUCACAUCCAAAUUUCAAAGACUACCCUGUUUACCUGGCCAAGUUUAAACGGUGUCUCUCCAAAGCCAUGCACUUCAUGAAGGUCCACAUUGUAAACAGUAUGCAAAACCUCUCAAGCGCUUUAACAAAAAGGGAUCCAAUGGGUUUGGCAAACGCAGACAACGCCUUUACACUUUACUACGUUAGAUUUAGAGCCGCUGCACCAAAAGUUCGAUCGUUAAUUGAACAGAUAGAACAGCGGGCAGCCAAGAUUCCAGAGUACCAUCACUUGUUGGAUGAAAUCCACCAGUGCUACCUGGACCAGAGAGAGCAGCUCCUCAGUCCAAGCAUUACUUCCACCAUCACAGAUCUGACCCAACAGAACAGCAAAGACCACUGCGCCCUGGUCCGCAGUGGCUGUGCCUUCAUGGUUCAUGUGUGCCAGGAUGAGCAUCAGCUUUACAAUGAGUUCUUCUCCAAGCCCACACCCAAACUGGACGAACUGCUGGAGAAGUUGUGUUUAUCUCUGUACGACGUUCUGCGCCCUCUAAUCAUCCACGUCAUCCACCUGGAAACUCUGUCGGAGCUCUGCGGCAUCCUCAAGACUGAGAUGCUGGAAGACCACGUUCACCACAACGCCGGGCAGCUGGGAGCAUUUGAUGCCGUGGUCAAGCAGAUGCUGGAGGACGUGCAGGAGAGACUCGUCUACAGGACGCACAUUUACAUCCAGACAGACAUCACGGGCUACAAGCCUGCCCCGGGGGAUUUGGCCUAUCCUGAAAAACUGGAGAUGAUGGAGAGAAUCGCUCAGAGCUUGAAGGAAGAGCAGAUGAAGCAAACGUCCCAAGCGACCGUCUUUUCCGAUGUUCAGCUGGAGGAUCCGGACGGGAGAAAAAACAGUAACGCCGGACUUGCAGGGAAACCAGAGGCAUCCCGUCUGCAGGCAUCCGUCUCACCCGCCGAUUUACACGGCAUGUGGUACCCUACGGUCAGACGGACGCUGGUAUGCCUGUCCAAGCUGUACAGAUGUAUAGACAGAGCUGUCUUCCAGGGCUUAUCUCAAGAAGCCUUAUCUGCCUGCAUCCAGUCCCUGCUGAGUGCUUCUGAUAGCAUCCUUAAGAAUAAGACACAAAUAGACGGGCAGCUUUUCCUGAUCAAGCACCUGCUGAUCAUGCGUGAACAGAUUGCUCCAUUUCACACCGAUUUCGCCAUCAAGGAGAUCUCGCUGGACUUGAAGAAAACUCGAGACGCUGCCUUCAAAAUCCUGAACCCGAAGGCUGUUCCCAAAUUCUUCCAGUUUAACAGUCACAACGCCCUUCUCGAAUUCCUGUUGGAGGGAACCCCUGAGAUAAAGGAGCACUACAUUGACUCCAAGAAAGAUGUGGACCGACACCUGAAGUUCAGCUGCGAGCAGUUCAUUCAGCAACAGACUCAGAUCUUCACGGGGAACCUUGAGGAGUUUCUCACCAAGGUUGCAUCACUGAAAACCAUGGCCAUCGAGGGCGGCCCCACGUACAUGCUGUAUAAGCAGCCGUGGGCUCAACCCGCAAAGCUCAACGAUCUAGUGAUGGCAACCUAUCGGGUGAUGAAGAACAAGCUGCCGAGCACGCUGCAGAGCAUGUCCUUGUACUUGGCCAACAGAGACACAGAGUUCAUCCUUUUCAAGCCUGUGCGGAAUAAUAUCCAGCAGGUAUUCCAAAGGCUACACACUUUGCUCCAGGAGGAGUACAGCGGGGAGGACCUCCAAAUCAUCGCAUGUCCAUCAAUGGAGCAGAUUAACCUGCUGCUGUCUGUGAAUAAGUAAUGAUCUGAAGUCUUCUGCUUGUGAUGUCGCACAUUGAGCCGCGGGACUAAGAGGGGGCGACAGGAGCCGCACUCGGAGCUGCUACGAGCCUAUAGAGCCAAAGAUGUAGUCGGCAGUGUGCUGAGCCAUGCGGCACGAGUCAAGAUCUCUCCUUUUUGCUUUGUUUGAAACACGGGGUGUGAAAGAACCGGGCUGCAUCUCACUUAACACAGGGCUCUUGACUAACUUUUUUUGCACUGGUUGAACUGGUGCGCCUCACUUUUUUUUGUUGUUUUUUUGUUUUUUUUGUUUUUCCCCCCUCCCCUUCUCCCUCCCCCUUCUUUUUCAACUACAUCACAUUUAACACUGCAGUUUUACAGGUUGACAAAAAAAAAAAAUUGCAGCCUAUCUUUUCAGGCAAUAUUGAAUGGUAAAUGUUGAACUAACAAUCUGGUCAACAAAGUUCUUUAUUUGAAGCACAAUUCCACAAGACUGGUAACUUAAUGCUUAAAGUGCUCCGUGUCAGAGCGUUGGUUGGGAGUUUCUGGCAAAUCAGGCCUUCACGAAGAAGUUGUCAAUUGUUCUUUUCAUUUUAUCAUCUGUGGCUAUUUCCACACUAAAUCUGAUAGGCCUACUAGGUCACUCACCUAGGCCUGUCACUAUGGGGGAAAAAAAUUGGAGGGCAGUAAAUUUUCCCAGAAACUAUCACAAAAGUACGCUAGCAGCUCUUUCUGUUUGACAGCAGUGCGCACAGCCACGGCCAAUCAGAUGUGGGCCCUGCCCUUCAGUGUCUCUGAUUGGUUUGGAGACCAGAAUGGGUUUAAUGUCUCUGCCUCCCUCUCCAUCAAAUGGCUGGGCGUACCUGUGUGACCUCUUCCUUUUAAUUGUUUUUUAGAUUUCUUUUAAAAAAAAAUUUUUUUAGGCGCACCGUUGAGAAAUUAGGGCUUAUGUGCCACCAAAUUAGUUGCACUGUAGAGCCCCGUAGCAGCAAAAAUGGUAAACAAUAACGCGGACUUGCCCACAGUAAUGGUACGUGGCCAGCAAGAUGAAUAUAUUGGAGUGUUCAGACGAGGACUCUUUGGGUGUGUGAAUAGCGGAGCUGGAGGGCUGUUCAUCAGUCAUUCAGCUAACGGCCAGUAAGGCAGCUUGGCUUCUGAUUCCCUUGAUGGCAAUUGGGAGGAUAACGAGAAAAAUACUGCAAAAUCUUUUAUUUGCAUAUUUUAGCACAGUGCUUGCAAUGUGUAAUAACUUUUUUGCCUGUGCUAUCAAAUGCUCAGGUUUGUGAUCAUAGUCAAUUAUGUUAAGAUCUUCUGUUGCAAGGAUGUAAAAAGGACAAAUGCUAUGUUUUAUACUUGAUUUUCUUUUAUACCUAGUUUAAAAUUAAUACAAGUUGAUGGGAAAUGAUGUAUAGCGCUACAAUGAUGUGUACAGUUGUACUAUUUAUGAACAUUCUGAUUAAAACUUUCUU